CCAAAUGCUGUAGCAACUGUUGAGGCAUGAUCUCCCCACAAUCUCAAGACGUCACUAAUUUAACUUCCACCUAUGUAUAGGAUAAAGUUGUUGCCUAUUUCUGUCAAAUUGGAGAGAUAGGGUUUGAGCAGUGCAACACCUAAUUUUCUUCUGAUCCUUUUCCACCUUGAACCUAGAUCAAAGGAAAUGCCUAGCUAUACCCAGAAAGGAGACGAUAAUGACAGGAAUUCAUAGGCGGAAACGGUUUUAGCGGGCAGCAACAGGUAGGCGCAGAAUCUCUAGGAUAAAGCCGAUCCAUUCCGAUUGUGUCUCGGAUAAGGCCGAUGCAUGUUCCUUUGAAAUCCAUGGAGAAUUCCGAUGUUAUCCUUUAUGAUCAAAAUGAUAUUAAAUUUUUUUAAUUUCACUCGCUUUAGGCAUGGGGAAACUUAGAGUGAUUAUAGUGAUAUGAUUUCUCAUAUCUUUGAUUUAGAAUGGGGUGAAAAGACAGUAAUUGAGGGGUAAAGGAUGUCCUUCUCCACAGGCUAACUCAUGUGUAGAAUGUGCAAUCUAGAGACUGAAGAAACAAAAAUUAACAUAGGUUGGUCCUUAACUCUCAAAACUCUCCAUUUUCCUAACCAUAUUUUCAAUAGCCUGCUUUUCAAAUUCUACCCCCCACCCUAUUCAUCCAAAUUCUGUUUUAAAAAAAAUUGAUACAAGAGUUCUCUGCAUUCAUAGUGGGGUGCAACAUUUGGUUUUAAGGAUGACCCUACAUCUAGCUAGAUAUGAUUUUAGGUAGAUUGUAGUGGUCUCUUUGAUCGGAUGCAAGCUGGAAAAGAGUAGUAUUUGUAUCCCAAGCAUCAUUUAAAAUCUAACAAAUGGGAGGAUCUAUUUAGUUACUCCUUUAUAAUAAGUGCAAAAUUCAGAGAAAUGUGAUGAUUUGCAAAAUCGUGCUACGAUAAAAUUUUUGGCUUUUUAAUAUCUUUAAUUUAGGUUAUUGAUACAUGCCAUUUUGGGAACAUCUUGCAUUGGGAGAUAGACUGCCUGCACCAAAAAUAAACAAGGAUAACGUGUUGCAGGAAAGAUUAUAGGCCCAAGGAUUUGUUUUUUAUUACUCCCCUUUUUUAUGAAAGUAUUUCAUCAUCAACUUUAGUUGUAUAUCUUUACACAAAAUUAUAAUGUACUUUGUGUCAUUUGCAGAAGCUGUUGUGACACUAGCAUACAUGGCUGAAGAGACUUUUCUGAUGGCUAAGAGGUGGAGACAACUAACGUAUUACGAAAAACCACAAUUAAAGGAUAAAUGCAAGGCUACUUUGGAUACUUUAGUAGAUGAGAAAGACACAACUUCUUUCAAUCGUAGAUUUGUUGGUGGCUUCUGUGCUUGGGAUGUAGAAGCUGCACACAGACUUUUGCUAUAACACCAUUUUGGAAACCAAAAGCUGGUGUUUGCUUCUUGGGAUCUAUCUUUUAGCUUUAUUUUUUAAAAGUAGCAAUUUUUUUCCUUUUUACAGUAGCUUUGGUUUCCUUAUUUUUCUUAUCAAGCUUUGUAGAGUUGUGUACUUUUUUUUAAAUGAAAAAAGUAAUUUGUUGGUU